GAACAAACAUGACCUGCUAAGCUGAGCCAGAGCCAAAACCAUAGCUCUCCCUCUCACUCUCUCUCUUGCAGGCCAAAAAUUGAAAAAAAAAGCGGAAAAAUCCCACAAAAAAACCCCAUUUUGAAGAUUGCUAAUAAAAUUUGAAAAAAAUAAAGAAGCACCAGAGGAAAAGAUUUCCCGAAAUGCAAAAUCGAAGCAUUGCGCUGCUCUCGUCUUUUUCUGAUUAAUCAUUUUUAUAUGUUCUGCAACGUUCUUUCUCCCGGGCCGGCUAUGGAAUCUUCACUCCACAGAGCUCUCUCCGUUUCCCGGUCCUCCGAUUUCGCCUUUUCAUCUUUGAUCUGCCUGGCAUUUCCUACUCUGUAGCAUCUUUCGUAAGAGUUCAGUGGUAGAUUAUGGCCGAGUCGAAUUCAGUUGACGUGAUUCUAGACUUCUUGCGGAGAAACCGGUUCACUAGAGCCGAGGCAGCUUUGCGGAGUGAGCUUGGCAAUCACCCUGAUCUGAAUGGAUUCUUUCAGAAACUUUCUCUUGAAGACAAGGAGUCAGGGGGAGUUCUAGAAGAACGUACAGGGAGCAAACCAUCAGCCAACUUUCCGAGCUCUGGUUCCCGAGAUAGUCGUGAGGUUUCUAAAGAACUUAUAGUUAAAGAAAUCGAGUGCAGUACUGACAGAAAAGGAUCUGAGGGUAGCUGGGAAGCUUCUGCCUCAACUGAUGAUCGAAAUGCGAACCCCAGCGAAACAAUUGGUGGAAUAGAUUCUGGGGAUACUGUCAUUGAUUUAUAUUCUUGGAAGUCUACUCCUAACAAUGGUCUUAACGUCUAUCAGAAUGAUAGAGCUAGUACAAGAAAUUUCUCUGGUAGAACAACAGAGCAAAGAUCUAGAGAGGAGGUUCCCUUCUCAAGUGCGAAGAAAAGUGCAUCGCAGGUUAGUAUUACUGGUGCUGCCAACCCUGAUUCUAACAAUAGCAAAAUUCAGACAAGUGAACCUAUUGAGUUUGGUCAGCAAGUUAAGACUACUGUGUCAUAUCCUGCUGAGAACCCAUGGGCAAGAGCUGAGGUGCCUACAAGCUCUUCAGUGGACAUAUGGAAGGAUUGUUCUCUGAAGACUGUCUUGCCAUUCUCCAAGCUUGACGAAUCCACUAGCUAUGAACCUACUGCUAACACUUCAGAUAAGAAGGAAGGUAAAAAGAAAGCUGAUACAGCUGAUGUAAGGGCUUCCAUCAAAGAACAGGUUGAUGAAAUUGGCAGAGCUUUAUAUCUUGGUAAGUCACAUGCGAGUGCUGAACCAAAGAAGUUUAGUACUUCUGGGUUUGCUCUUGCAUCUGAUAGUUCCAGGGAAGAGUUUCCAAGGCUUCCACCUGUUAGACUUAAGUCAGAAGACAAAUUAUUGAAUGUCAACUGGCAGGAGAAGUUUGAGCGUGAUAAGCCAGGGGCAAAAAUUAGCAGUGCUGAUAGUUCCUUCCUUAUUGGGUCAUAUCUCGACGUUCCUAUCGGGCAGGAAAUCAACUCUUCAGCUGAUGAUUCAGGUGGAAAAAGAAUUGCAGGAGGCAGCUGGCUCUCCGUGAGUCAGGGAAUUGCAGAGGACACUUCUGACCUUGUUUCUGGUUUUGCUACAGUGGGCGAUGGAUUGAGCGAGUCUAUUGACUAUCCAAAUGAAUAUUGGGAUUCUGAUGAAUAUGAUGACGACGACGAUGUUGGUUACAUGAGGCAACCUAUAGAGGACGAGGCUUGGUUUCUGGCUCAUGAAAUUGAUUAUCCUAGUGACAAUGAGAAGGGGAUGGGACAUGGGAGUGUUCCAGAUCCUCCAGAAAGAGGUCCAACAAAAGAUGAUGAUGAUGAUCAGUCCUUUGCUGAGGAAGACUCUUACUUCUCUGGGGAGCGGUACUUCCAGUCAAAAAACGAUGAGCCUGUCACAGCUUCCGAUGAUCCCAUCGGACUGUCAGUGACUGAAAUUUAUGGAAGAACUCAUGAGAAUGACUUGAUGGCACAGUAUGAUGGACAACUGUUGGAUGAAGAAGAGUUAACUUUGAUGCGCGGUGAACCUGUGUGGCAGGGGUUUGUCACUCAGACUAAUGAAUUGGUUUUGCUAGGGGAUGGGAAAGUACUCAAUGACUCUGGAAGGGCACGCUUGGAUGAUGUUUGUAUGGAUGAUGAUCAACUUGGAUCGGUUCGAUCAAUUGGUGUGGGCAUUAACAGCGAUGCUGCUGAUUUUGGGAGUGAAAUGCGCGAAAGCAUGAUUGGUGGUAGCAGUGAAGGGGAUCUGGAGUACCUUCGUGAUAAUGAUAUUGGGGCUGGGGGUUAUAGACCUAGUCAUCAAGAUUCAGAGAAGUCAUAUGUUGAUAAACAAAGCAAGGAUAGAAAGAGGGCCAGCAAACAAGAUUCAGGUAACUUUGGCAAUGAAAAUGUCACUUCUACUCAUCUCAAAUCUCACAUAGAUGGAGGAUUCUCAUUUCCUCCACCAUUGAGGGAUGACCAAGCUGCCCAGGCAGGGUCUAGCAAGUGGUCAAACAAGUCUGAUGCUGUUAUGGUUGAUGAAACCAAUGACCAUUUGGAGGCUUUGACGGUGCAUGAUGACAUGCUUGCUGGGUGGAAGCAGAAAAGUAGUGGGUCUUCAACAGCCAAAAGUUCUAGAGAAGGAUAUAAUGCUCAUGCUAUUGGCUCCGGAGACUCAACUCCUUCUACGGUUUCAAAUUACGGGUACGCCGAACAAGAGCGAUCUAAGAAAGAGGACGACGAAAAGGUUAAUGGUGUGAUGGAAGAAGAACCUGGGGUAUCAGUUGAGGAUGAAGAGGCAGUUGCUGUUCAAGAGCAAGUGAGACAAAUCAAAGCUCAGGAGGAAGAAUUUGAAACUUUCAACCUAAAGAUUGUGCAUAGGAAAAACAGGACUGGCUUCGAGGAGGACAAGAACUUCCAUGUAGUUUUGAAUUCUGUACUAGCUGGGCGUUAUCAUGUCACUGAGUAUCUUGGGUCAGCAGCCUUCAGUAAAGCCAUUCAGGCGCAUGAUUUGCAUACAGGCAUGGAUGUUUGUGUGAAAAUCAUUAAAAACAACAAGGACUUCUUUGAUCAGAGCCUUGAUGAGAUAAAGCUUCUGAAGUAUGUGAACAAGCAUGAUCCAGCUGACAAGUAUCACCUUCUCAGAUUAUAUGAUUACUUCUAUUACCGGGAACAUUUGUUGAUUGUAUGUGAACUCCUCAAGGCAAACUUGUAUGAAUUCCAUAAGUUCAACAGAGAAUCUGGAGGGGAAGUCUAUUUCACAAUGCCCAGAUUGCAGUCCAUUACAAUCCAGUGUUUGGAAGCACUUCAAUUCCUGCAUGGUCUUGGCCUUAUUCACUGUGAUUUAAAGCCUGAGAAUAUAUUAGUGAAAAGCUACAGUAGAUGCGAGGUCAAAGUCAUUGAUCUUGGAAGUAGCUGUUUUGAGACAGAUCACCUGUGCUCCUAUGUCCAAUCUAGAUCAUACCGUGCACCAGAGGUCAUCCUAGGCCUUCCAUAUGAUAAGAAGAUAGACAUUUGGUCACUUGGCUGUAUCUUGGCAGAGCUUUGUACUGGCAAUGUUCUCUUCCAAAAUGACUCACCGGCAACUCUACUGGCCAGAGUUAUUGGAAUUAUUGGUCCCAUCGAUCAAGAGAUGUUAGCUAAAGGGCGAGAUACAUACAAGUACUUCACCAAAAAUCACAUGCUUUAUGAACGGAAUCAGGAAACAAACCGACUAGAGUACCUGGUAUCAAAGAAAACAUCGUUGAGGCACCGAUUACCAAUGGGAGACCAAGGUUUCAUUGAUUUUGUUGGGCAUUUACUUGAAGUAAACCCAAGGAAGCGUCCUUCUGCAUUAGAGGCUCUGAAGCACCCGUGGCUAUCAUUCCCUUACGAACCCAUAUCAGCCUAACCUGACUAUACCAACAUAGUCUGCCACAAGUCAGCAGCAACCUAUUGGAAAAUAUAUUUUUUUCCUUUGGCCCGUCCAGUCUCCUCCCCUCGAGCUUCAAGUGGCCUCUCCGCAUACUUGUGAACGUGCUUUGGUUUCUUGCUAGUGAUAGUUUGUACUUCAGUCAGUCCCAUUGUUGUUCCCCCCUAUUUCCAAGUUGUAUCUUAAUCUGCGACCGAUUAAUCGAUGAAUGUAGUUUUGCACGAAAAAGAUAUGUGUAUUACUAGGAAGUUUCAUCUUCUCUUUUUGUUGUGCUAUAGCCAAGUUUGGUUUUUUGUUCUAUUUAUCGGGUCGGGGGUAGGGAUAAAUCUUUUGUUGUAUAUGAUGCGGGACGAUUGUUACCUUUCAGAUUCUUUUCCUUUUUGGGUUGUUAGUAAUAGCAUCAUCAUGGUUUAUGGAAAACUGAAAUUGGCUGGUCCUGAUUUUGGUGGCUUGGCAUUG